AUGGCUCAAAACAUUGUACAAGAAAUGGCGUCUUCUCUGCGGUCCAGUAGAGCCCAAUUAGACGUUGUUAACGUACAAUUGGCACAACUAGACAGACAGAAGAAAUUGGCAAAAUUAACGGCACAGGAGCUGGAUUCUUAUCCUGUGGGGAAAGUGUGGAGAUCGUGUGGUAAGGCGUUUGUGUUGCAAGACAGAUCUACAUACACAGGAGACUUGGCCAGCGAUGAGAAACAGGUGGAGGAACAAAUGAAAGCAUUGAAGAUCAAACAGAACUAUCUGCAAACCACGGUGGAAAACACGGUGGAGAGCCUAAAGCGGGUGAUGGAUCAGAAAUAG